AUGCUCGGCCGCCUCACCCACUACGCAUUCGAUGCGGUCCUCUUCUCCGCAUUUCUGGCUGGCGUCAAGCGUUCCACGGGCCUGACCCCCAGUCUCAAAUCAGAACAGAUCUCUGACAACAAAGAAAUCAAGCGUUGGGUCGACAACUACCUCGGUGUCGGCGAGUGGGUCAUGGACCAGUCCGUGGCUGUCAUGGGUUCCUCCAGCUGGUUCGAGCGGAGACGGUGAUUUGCUACACCAACCAUCCCGAAGUGAUCUAUGAU